UUCGUAUCGCUGCUCAGGUCGCAGCUGCGAUUGUUUAUCUCCAUGUUGGCAAAUCAAGACCUCUGAUCCAUAGACAUGUGAAGACAGGUAACGUUUUACUGGACGAUAACUUAAACGCCAAGCUAUUUGAUUUCGGACUUUCCCUAGAAAUUCCUUUAGGUGAGACCUAUGUACAAGCAUUGGUUGAAGGAACAAUAGGGUUUAUAGCUCCAGAGUCAGUAGAUACCGGAAAAUUUAACGAGAAGACUGAUGUUUUCGCAUUUGGUGCUACGUUUAUUGAGCUCCUGACUGGAAGAGAGCCUCAUGAUGUGUUCAAUGAAGCCUCUCGUGAUCUGUUUCCAAGCCUCACUCCAGCUGCAGAGUCUUCUCUAAGGCCUGUUCCUUUACCCACAAGAAGAGAUCUUUUGGUGUUCUUGAAAUAAAAUCUGAUAAAAGACGCUAAGAAAAACGCGUUAGAGGCUAGCGCAGAGCUCGCUGCAAGAUGUGUUGACGUAUCGCCAGAGAAGAGGCCAACGAUUGAAGAAGUGGCUAAGGAGUUAAGGCAUAUUUAAAACAUAGUUUAUUAUGACGAACCCAAAGUCCAGAGACUACAGAGUUUUAACUUCUCAAAAGCAGAGAACUAGGGCGAAAAUAUUACAAAGUGAAAGUUCAAGGUUUAGCUUGUUCAAAACAAGAGACUUGUGGUGGAAAAAUAUGAAACGUCAAAAGUAUAGGGUUUUACUUGUAAAAUAUAGAGAAAUUAGGUGGAAAAUAUAAUAAAGUUAAAAAGUUCAGGCGUUAAGUUGCAGUAAAUGAUAAAUAGUUAUAUAAUGAAUUUAAAAAAAAAAAAAAGCGAACUAAUGACACAAAACGGAGCCUGAAGUUGUUCAUCGCCGGGAAAUAUGAAUCUGUACGACGAUGAAUCUCUGAAGCAAGAAGUAAUCUACCUUCACUCGCUCUGGCACCAAGGUCCUCCGACCCGAAACCCAAUCCCUAGCCCUAAUUUCAACCCGGUUCAACGACCCAGCAGGCCCAAUUACAUCCCGCCGGCGGAUUUGCAACUUCUCUCUCGAUAUGGAGCUGUUACUCCACAGAAGAUCAUAUCCAGAAACCCUAACAAUCCUCCAAUUCUCUACAAUAACAAGCGUCCGAGGCCUGAUUCGGGCCCAGAAUGGCCUGUGAAGGAACUGCUUCAGUCUCCUUCUACGGGAUCUGGAUGGCCUGAACAAAGGCCGUGUAAGAAGGCGCGACCUAUUACGGAGGAGGAGAAAGCGAGUUUGGCUGCGAAUUUGCUUCAGAGAGAUAUCCAUCGAACCUGUCGCGAGUUCUUCGGUAACAAAUCAGGGGAAGAUGAUAGUGAUGAAGGAGAUGAGGAUCAGUCGUUUGAGUUUUUGACGAGAGUGUUUGAAGAGAAUAAUGGGAAGCUUAAGGAAUACUAUGAGAAGAACACUGGGAAUGGAGAAUUCUGGUGUUUGGUUUGUGGUGGCACUGGAGAGAAGAGCUGUAGGAAGUUCAAGAGCUGUUUGGCUUUAAUUCAGCAUUCGCUUUCCAUUAACAAGACGGAUUUGAAAACUCAGCAUAGAGCUCUUGCGCAAGUUGUUUGCAAUGUUCUUGGUUGGGACGUUAACAACCCUGUUGUUUCGAGCCAGAAGGACGCUCAUCAGACUGUGGGCGUAGAGGUGGUUGUGGAAGGUGCAUCUGAGCUGCGUUCAGACUUGAAGAUUCCUCAGGAGAAACAACGGGUCAUGUCUGUUGAAGAACACGCAAAGGCUGCCUUGUUACUAAUGCAACAGAAUGCAUCCGAAGCUUUCAAAGACAUUUUUGCCAAGGAUGGUACUGGUUCAGUUGAGGAGAACGGUGAUGAAAAUUUUUCUGAGGAGUUGGAGUUAAUAUCUAGAGUUUUCUCAGAGAAUGUUGAGCUCAAGAGUCACUAUGAGAAAAACUAUGAAGGUGGAGUAUUUAUCUGUCUGGUGUGUUGUGCUGCGACUGAUAAGAAAUUGAUCAAAAGAUUCAAACACUGUUAUGGAGUUGUUCACCAUUGUACUAAAGUACCGAAAAUGAAGAUACGAGCUCACAAGGCUUUUGCUCGGUUUGUCUGUGAACUACUUGGCUGGGAUUUUGAGCUUCUACCACGUAGAGUAAUGAAAGGCGUUACCCCUCUUGCUAUUUCUAAUGCUAACCAGAACAAUGAGAACCCGUCAUCUGUGAUCGAGGAACAUAUGUGCGAAGAUAAAGCUGAUAAAACCACAGGCCAACAAUGAGGCUGAGGCAUGCGUUGAGGCUUAAUCAUAUGGUUUCUCCUCUGGGGAAAUCAAUUUAAGAGUCAAGAUGCAACAAGUUAUGUUAUAUGGAAGGCACUUAAUCUUCUUUCAGAUUCUCGUUUCAGAUUUUCGGAGAUUUUAGGAUAUUUUAUAACAAAAAAAAAUUGCAACUCAGAUGACGAUGAUAGAUGCUCUCGACUUCUCAUCAAUUUUUCAUGAGACUGACCGUCGUUUGGAAGAAGAUGAAGUCUGUAAGAGCCUAAGAAGCAAAUGUUAGAGAAAAACCAAGGUGAAGUAUCGAAACAUAAGUAAAUGAUGGAGGUGUUGUCCUUUGUACGCAUUGCUCUAACUUCAUUCAACAGACCGUUUGCUAUCUUCUCUGCAACAUUCUUUGUCCCUCUUUCUCUUUCAUCUGUUUCAUUUGUUUUAUACAUAGACACUACAUUAGAUCUAGGUUCUAAGAAAUACUACUAACAAAUGUAUUGAUGAUUAAAAAAAAAUUGUUUACCUGAAGUACAAGCUGCGCAGCUUUCUUCGCUUGAGACUUCAAAAAGAGGUAUGUUAUGACUCUAUGUACAUUUCCUAUGCUUGAGCGAGCCUUAACUAUUUGUGACGCUGAA